AAAUCGGGAAAAACAUUGGGUGACGUUCCCGAAACUUUUAACAAGAAAAUAAAUGUUUGAACGCCGUUUGUCACAACACAGUUUUCCUUAACGCUGGGCGUCGUGAAGACGAAUACAUCGCCUAUCCGAUUUCCUCAGAUCAAUUUCCAAAGACAUAUUUCAAUUAUCCCGAAUCGUUCGUCAACGUCAUCCCAAGAAAAUCGGGAUACGUUCAAUUCUCAAUGUGUAAUUCCAUCCGCCGCACUGUGGUGUAGAAAUGUGUGUGUGUAAAGAAUCCCGAGUGAUCAUUCGAUCUUAAACAGACGCCAUUCGUUUUGGCGGGCACGUGUGCAUCCUCGCGUUCUCUCUGCAAUCACCGAAACGAGUAUAAUUCGACGGUUUCGAGGUUUUUCAGAAUCACCAGUUUGCCGGCACUGAUGAACAACAUUGUAUCGAAAAUGGAAUCUAUGGAAGUUACCGAAAAUAGCACUAUGCCAGGCAAAGAUGCGACACCAUCGUCCUGCAGGGAAUCAGUUUCUGUGGACGAUAUGACGUCGCGCGACUAUUAUUUCGAUUCGUAUGCCCAUUAUGGGAUUCACGAAGAAAUGUUGAAGGAUGAAGUGCGUACAGUGACUUAUCGUAACUCUAUGUAUCACAACAAACAUUUAUUCAAAGGCAAAACAGUUCUUGACAUCGGUUGUGGAACUGGUAUACUCUCAAUGUUCGCUGCCAAGGCUGGGGCAGCUAAAGUAAUAGGUAUCGAGUGUUCGAAUAUCGUCGAGUACGCAGAGAAGAUCGUAGAGGCGAACCAGCUUUCGAACAUAAUAACGAUACUUAAAGGCAAGGUUGAGGAGGUCUCAUUGCCCGAUGGCAUUGAAAAAGUUGAUAUAAUUAUUUCCGAGUGGAUGGGUUACUGUUUAUUUUACGAAUCGAUGUUAGAUACAGUGCUGUUCGCUAGAGACAAAUGGCUUCGCGAGGACGGAAUGCUGUUCCCUGACAAAGCAACUUUAUUUAUCUGCGGCAUAGAAGAUAGACAAUACAAGGACGAGAAGAUAAACUGGUGGGACGAUGUAUAUGGAUUUGAUAUGAGUAGUAUAAGAAAAGUAGCGAUUAGCGAACCUCUAGUGGACGUUGUGGACCCGAAACAAGUCGUUACGAAUGCAUGCCUGAUCAAGGAAGUCGAUUUAUACACUGUAACUAAGGCUGAUUUGGAAUUUUCAUCACCGUUCACUUUGCAAGUCCGCAGAAACGACUAUGUACAAGCGCUAGUCACUUUCUUCAACAUCGAAUUCACCAAGUGCCACAAACGCAUCGGGUUCAGCACGGCGCCGGAAGUACAGUAUACUCAUUGGAAACAAACUGUAUUCUACUUCGACGAAUAUAUGACCGUGAAGAAGGGCGAAGAAAUAUAUGGUGUAUUUUCGAUGAAACCCAACGCGAGGAACUAUAGAGAUUUGGACUUCAUCAUCGAAGUGGACUUCAAAGGAGAAUUGUGCCAAGUACACGAAACUAACACAUACCGUAUGCGCUGAUACCUAUCAGAUAAUUCAUCUUCUUCCUUUAAUUUUCACGAUUCGUAACUGUAAUCAAAUAGAAAUCUGGACUUGAAAAUCAUCGAAUUGCGCUAGAUAAUUUGAUGACGUUUAACAGUACGGUACAAUGAAUGGUGUGGAUCAUUUAAGUGUUUUUUAACAUUUUUAAUUUUAAGAGAGUUAGAGGCUUCCCGCUUGAGAACGAAUAGAACGUCCACGAUCUUUGUUAAUGUAAAAGUUUGCAAUACGACGACUUAUGAUUAAGAAAAAUAGGAUUCGAUAUAUCAUUGAUUAAUCACGAAUAGUGUAUAUUUACAGAAUAUUACUUUGUGUAAGCGAGCGUGUAUUAGGACUAUAAAUACUGUGGAUAACUAUAUAUUUCUAUUUUUCUCCGUGACCGUUUUCUAUUACAUAUUGUCAACCUCCCGUGUUUCUUUUACGUGUGACUUCGAUCUAUUAAAUCGCUACUGAAUUUAACAUUACAGAGACAUGGACUGCGUUGAAACAGUACACUCUUCAUUUACCAUAUUUUUGUACCGUAUUUUUAAAACACAACUUGGUUUGAAACCGACCGCGUCUCGACAAUGCAUGUUACUAUUCCGAAUGAUCAUUUGAAAGUGCUCAUUUAUAUUAUGUACGACAAAUGGGUGAAUUAUAUUUUGUUAAUUUCAUAGCAAAUUAAAACUUACUGUUAGUAUUACCUAUUCUAUCAACACCUCUCUGUAAGUACGUGUGUCAUCCGUGAUACUUAUAUUGUAUACUAAUUUCUCGAAAACAGAAGUUACUAUUAAUUUUAUUCUUAUACUUAUGAUAUUAGCUGUGUGUACGAUAUCAAUUUAUUACGCUCGGAAACGAACUUCUUUUAGGUGCUUUGUUUACCGUUAAGUCAAUUGUAAUAACAAUGUACCUAAGCAUUGUUUGAAUUCACAUUGUAUCAAGGGACACGAUGGCGUCCCGAGGGCAAGUUUUACAAUACAGGGAAAUAAUACAUUUUAGACGAUUGUUCGUAAUUUCGAAAAUUGACAAGUACCACGAUACUGAUCAAAUCUUAACAUCGGAUCAUAUGAGACAGAAAUAUAUAUGAAUUGCAUGUAACAAACGAAAUCUACUUAAUUUUGAUAAUUCAUUCAUUAAUUCUGUGCUUUCAAAAAUUAUUUUCAAAGGAUAUAGCGAUUCACUUAUUUCGCCGCAUAAGACAUCUGCUAGGUGUUUCUACUCUGUGCAAGUUCACGUUCAUAAUUGGAAGAAAUGCCUUGGACCUCUAAUAAAUAAAUAGACUCUUUUCCACAA